AAAUUACACAGUGCCAGUGGCUGGAUCUAGUGUGUGGGCCAGGAGUUUAGCACCUCUGGUUUAAGCAAUACAGCUUUUUUGCAUAGACAAGUCCUGUCACUGUUCUCCAGACCACAUAUUGUUCUUGGAAGUUCUUCAAGAUCCUUUCCACUUUUCCAACUUCAUCAUUUUUAAAAUUUGGGUACCAGAACUGGACACAUUCCUUCAGAACUGUCUUACCAAUUCCAUAUCCAGAGGUAAAAUCACUCCCUGCUUAUACAUCUAAGGAUCACAUUACCCCUUUUUUGCCACAACAUUGUAGCAGGAGCUAAUGUUAAGCUAGAUUUGUACAAUGACACUUCAAUUACACAGUGUUUUUUGGCUAUGGCCCACCAUCCUGUAGGCACUACCUACUUGUAUGGCCUUGUAUAAUUGCCAGGUAGGUACUAAAUGGUUCUGAAAACACAGGCUGGAAUAGAAACAGUUUGUUAUAUCCUGUCUUUACCUAAUAUGGGAAAAUUAUUAAGGAAGAGAAAAAAUGAAACUAAGGAAUCCAUAUUGAGGCAUACGGGUCUAUAGUCUUUCUUAGAAGAAGAACAUUUGCUAGGAAUAAUCACAAGGCAAAUUUUUCAGUCUUUUUCUGAAAAUGGUCAGGAGGAUGGGAACUGGCGUCUGAAACAUGAUAAGACUCAAAAUAAUAAUGUCAUAGUUGUCUAAUUUAUUAUAGGAUUUUAUACUAUACUGCCUAUGACAGUGCUAUUGGAGCACCUUCUUGAUAACAGAUUGGUAAUAGCAAAGCCCAACAAACUUCGAGGUCUCUCUCUCUUUGGGUUAUGGAAAGCCAUGCUUGGGGUAGGAUUUCUGUUUGGGGAGAGAGGGUAGUCCACAUGAAUGUCAUUCUAGUAAUGUUCGAAUGGUUAUGAAAUAGGAAAGUUUCUCUUUGGGAAACAAAUCAUCCUUGUAUGAGGGUGCAACGCAAAUGUCAAAAGUUAAGGUCUUUGGCAAAUACCAAGGUGAGUUCAUGUACCUAGUCCCACUGAUGCCAGUGGAUUCUCUUGUGUAUGCAAAGUUUCUCUCCAGAGAGCAAAUAUUUGCAGGGUUGGCCCUAAAGUAGACAUGGAAGAAGAGAGAAUGGAUGCACUUAAGUGAGUGAAUGUGUCUACAUAAAUAAGGCAAUUACAGUACUACUCGUAGCAGAGAUUAUAUAUUUUAUUAGACCAACAAGAUUUUUGCAAAAAACAUUCUUUAAUUGCAAGCUUUCGGGCACAAACACCUUUCAUCAGGCAUUGGAGAAAAGAUUGUCAAAGUUCUCCUGGGUAGAAAUGAAAGUUCAUAUUUAGUAAGAUUUCACAGAGGAGUCAAUAGAUGGAAAACUCCUCUGGGCAGUCAGUUCAUAGCUGGUACAUAAAUAAAGUGCUUGAAAGGAAGGGGUCCAUUCUAAGUUCAAAAACUUGAUUUUUUUUUCUUCUAAUAUCAUCACCUAUUUUCAGAAAAUGGAACAAUGCAAAACAAGGCCAAUGGGUGGGUAAGUGUGUGAGAUGCCAGCAUACAUUUCUUUUGUUUGUUAUUGAUGAAUAACAAAGAAAUCCCUCUCCUGAACUACGGUGUGAGUUUUUGGCACACAAGUGAAAAUAUGUUCUCUAGGCUGCAUUCAUUUGUAUUUGCAUGUUCACUGUCUCUGGAAGACUUUUACAUGGGUAGCCUUAUUAAUGUGUUUGAGAUUCUCUCUUCUCCAUUCAUUAUUGUGCCCAUUCUGUGGAAUGGAUGUGAGACCAUUUUUGGAAUUCGUAGCCUGAGAACAAUAACAGUAUAGUAAAAAUAACUGCAUUUAACUGUACUUUUUUUUUAGUAAUAGAAACCUUAGUAAUGGAUUUAAGUUGAUACAAGUUCAAACUCAUUUUGCUUUAAACAUGUAAUAAAAAGAUAUAAGUAUGAGUGGCAGAAUAUUUUGUGCUAUUUACAUCCUUCUGUCUCCAGACUCCAAACAGAAACGUUUGGAAAGCCGCAAGGCUGGUACAGAAGACUGAGAAUCAAGAAAUUCCUGCCUCUGCCAAUGGUUUACAGUGAUCAUUUGUCAGUGCCUCAGUUUCCCUUUCCUCUGACAUAGUGCUGUAACAGACCUUGCAUUAACAAAAUCUACCUUGCAGGGAAGGCAGUGAGGCAUGAUUGAUUCCUCAUUGGGUGCGUCUACACAGGAUGCUUCCUGUGCGGUAGCCUAAUAACAUUGUGCAGUGGCGUGCCGGUCAAAAACGGUGGGAAUAAGCUGCUGUGCAGUGUUAUUAGGCUACUGUGUCGAGCGCUGACGCUUACUGUAGUUACUGCACAUUUAGUUAGUACUUCAUUAAGCAAGUACUAUAGUUAAUGUGCAUUAAUGAACGUGUAGACAUGUUCACAAUGUAGUGGUUUGAGAUUAGACUAAUCAGGGUGUUUUAAAACAAUACUAACAACAGCCGUUGGUACACACACGUUUUUCCCCCGUCCCAGCUGCAAGUCUUCCAGGGGCCGCUUUAACGCCGCUUUUAUUUUCAGAGGGGCUAGGAGCAAAGCAAGAAACUUCCCCGAGUGACAGCAGCGGGAGAACAGGGGGCUGCUCUCAAGCUGUGCCAAUCUCGAAGGAGCGGGAUUUCAAGGCUGCCUGCUGUUUCCCGUGGAGAUCAUGAAACGAGGUCGGCUUCCUAGCAGCAGUGAGGAUUCUGAUGACAAUGGCAGCUUGUCCACCUGGUCCCAGCAUUCCAGAUCCCGACAUCGGCGGAGUUCAUGUUCUAGACACGAAGACAGAAAACCUUCUGAGGUGUUCAGAACGGACCUGAUCACUGCCAUGAAGUUACAUGACUCCUACCAACUGAACCCUGAUGAGUACUACGUGCUGGCAGACCCCUGGAGGCAGGAGUGGGAAAAGGGAGUUCAGGUGCCAGUUAGCCCAGGGACCAUCCCCGAACCUAUAGCCAGGGUUGUGUCCGAGACAAAAGGAGUCACAUUUACACGCCCCCGGAAAUACAUCCUUUCAUCGGGUUCUGAGCCUCCUGAGUUGGGAUACGUUGACAUCCGAACUUUAGCGGACAGCGUAUGUCGCUAUGACCUUAAUGAUGUGGAUGUAGCGUGGUUGGAACUGGCCAACGAAGAAUUUAAAGAGAUGGGGAUGCCUGAACUGGAUGAGUACACUAUGGAAAGAGUCAUGGAGGAAUUUGAACAGAGAUGCUAUGACAACAUGAACCAUGCUAUUGAGACUGAAGAAGGGCUUGGGAUCGAGUAUGAUGAGGAUGUCGUCUGUGAUGUUUGCCAGUCCCCAGAUGGAGAGGAUGGCAAUGAAAUGGUGUUUUGUGACAAAUGCAAUAUCUGUGUACACCAGGCAUGUUAUGGAAUCCUGAAGGUGCCAGAAGGCAGCUGGCUGUGCCGGACCUGCGCGCUUGGUGUUCAGCCAAAGUGUUUACUGUGUCCCAAGAAAGGUGGAGCUAUGAAGCCAACUCGAAGUGGGACUAAGUGGGUCCAUGUUAGCUGUGCUCUGUGGAUACCAGAGGUGAGUAUUGGCAGCCCAGAAAAAAUGGAGCCCAUAACAAAGAUCUCUCAUAUUCCCAGCAGUCGAUGGGCAUUAGUGUGCAGCCUCUGCAAUGAGAAGAUGGGAGCGUGCAUACAGUGUUCAGUGAAAAACUGUCGGACAGCAUUUCAUGUCACCUGUGCAUUUGACCGUGGCUUGGAGAUGAAGACCAUCCUGGCAGAGAAUGAUGAAGUCAAGUUCAAGUCAUACUGUCCCAAGCACAGCACCAAGAAACCGGAGGAUGAAAACUUCAGUGAAAGCACCAGCCAGGAGAAUGAGAAUGGGAUACGGGACAGCUCUCCUCCUACCCGCCUGGAGCCCUUUCACAGCAUCGAGACAAACCAGGAGGAGGCCCACAGGGUCAGUGUUCGCAAGCAGAAGCUUCAGCAGCUAGAGGACGAAUUCUACACGUUUGUUGACUUCUUGGAAGUGGCCACGGUCCUGCGGCUGCCCGAGGAGUCUGUGGAGUUUCUGUACCAGUACUGGAAGCUCAAGAGAAAAACCAAUUUCAACAAGCCCUUGAUAACCCCAAAGAAAGAUGAAGAGGAUAAUCUGGCCAAGCGGGAGCAGGAUGUUCUGUUCAGGAGGCUACAACUCUUCACGCAUCUCCGGCAGGACCUGGAAAGGGUUCGUAAUCUGACUUACAUGGUGACCCGAAGGGAAAAGAUUAAAAGAUCUGUUUGCAAAGUGCAAGAACAGAUAUUCAAUUUCUACGCAAAGCUUGUGGAGCAUGAAAGAGUUUCAGGUGUGCCUUCCUCCUCCUCCCCAGUGGAAAACAUGGUUUUAUUCAACAGUCCACCUUUGGGUCCUGAUGCUCCCAAGAUAGAAGAUUUGAAAUGGCACUCUGCUUUCUUCAGGAAGCGAAUGGGCACUUCUCUGAGUCAGUCAUUGAAAAAGUCACAUAAGAGAGACCGAAUAAGGAACAGCUCUGGGAGUGACAGCAAAUCCCUGUUCAAGCACCCCAGCCAAAGGGAAGGUGUUUCCAAUCCAGGUAGCUUUUUAAAUUUUGAAAAGACCUUUACAGAAGCACGAAUUGUAUCAGCACAACAGAAAAAUGGGAUAGUUAUGCCAGACCACAGGAAAAGAAGAGACAGUCGUUUCCAUUGUGAGGUACUAAAGGAGGAACUGAAGGAAAAGCCUUCGAAACACAACCACAAGCCACUGAGACUCACGGAACUGUCUCAGAGACAGACAGAAAACAAACGGUCUGUGAACCACGCCAGUGGUAGGUCUGCACCCGGCCCACGGAGGGAUAUAGUGCCUAAAUGCAAUGGAUCCCUCAUCAAAAUAAACUAUAACCAGACUGUAGUUAAAGUGCCUACUACGCCCACGAGCCCGGUGAAAAACUGGGGCGGAUUUCGAAUUCCAAAGAAGGGGGAGAGACAACAGCAGGGAGAGAUCCAGGAGGAGACCUGCCGCCAGAACUCUAACUAUCCGUACUUGGGCAUGGGCAGAGUUUCGCCUAAGGACAGGGUGAAAACCAAACUAAAGACGGACAGCGAGAAUGAUGGGUAUGUCCCCGAUGCUGAAAUGAGUGACUCAGAAACUGAAGUGGCUGAGAAAAAGUGCAGACAGCAAAGACUUAGUCCAAACAGCACUAUCAGCAGGAGGACAGACAUUAUUAGGAGAAGCAUCCUGGCCUCCUGACUGGACAGUAAGAAGCACUGUCAGCACCAUCGUCAGUAGUCACUGCCUGCAAGCCAACUCCACAUUAUUUAUUGGCAUGAGGAAGGAGGGGGAAUUCUUAGAGAUGACUGCAGACUGACAAUUUGAUAACCUGUUAUUCCUGAGCUGUAUAAACUUGUUUACAUGCACUUAAAACUGGUCUCCUCCCCUUCUCCACAUCCAUUUCUGUGAGAAAUUUGAACCUUAUUUGUAAUUUUCUUGAGGAAGCAGAGAAAAUGACGUCACUACUAAAAUAGAGCUUGUGAUGGAACACUAAAAGAUUUCACUAAACACUUUGGAAGGGGGUAGUUUCCAUCUGUCCCUAUUUAGCUGAACAUCACUGAUAAGAUUUUGUUUCUCUUCCCUGCCUCCCAAAAAAGCACAAGCUUUUAAUUUAACUAGUGUGUCCUAAAUCAUAUAUGGUUAUUUAACCAUCCUGCACUGCUAAACCCAUUACAAAUAGUUACUUUUCUUGGACUGUGAUAAGUCUUUAAAUCCUAUUUGUUUGCAGAAUGUUUUUGUUGUAUUGAGUAUAUAUGGCAGCUCUGAGCCUUCCAAAACUCCAGUGAGUUCACAUGUAAGUACAUGCAGCAAGUAGUCAGUUUUAACCAUGAGUACUGGAGAAGAAUGAAGGGACAGUUGAGAGCUGUAGCUGCCUGCUGAUGCAAUGUAACAGUAUGAUAAAACUCAGAUUGAGCCUGGAGAAAACUUCUAAGCUUUUCUGAUCUGGUGUAGUUUCUGUUUCAGUUCUGAUUUCAUCUUGAUAGUAGUUUAUCCAGUUCUGAGAAGAGGGACAGGUUUAUGGCCUCAUGUACCUUGUGGAAUGAUCCACGAAGCAGCUUUAGUGUUAAUCACCUGUCCUGAAAUGAUUACAAUUCACGUGGGAAUGAUAAUUUUAAGGCACUAGUCAGCAGGAUUUCCCAAAGAACCACUUAUGCACUAAUGGUAUGUAUUGGGAAAUCCAGGCUUCUGACACUAAAGGUUACUUUAAAAUGGACAUAGGAAUAUAUAUUUUUAAAUAGAAUAAAAUGAAAAGGCAAUACAUUUGUGAUUUGCUCUUUACAUUCAACCAAGAAAAUAAAAUAAUUUCAUUCUAUUCUGGAGUAGAUUUGAUGGAAGAGGGAGCUCACAUUCUGAUUACGUACCUUUUUUUAAAAGAAUAGUUGCAAAUGGCAAUAACUAGUGAGUAAGCUAUCAGCAAUAAUAACAUUAACAGUUCUUGAAGAGACGGUUUUGUUCUUGCACUGAGUAGAGUGCAUAUGUAUUAUAACAGUGGUUAGUUAUUGUGAUUUUUGGAAUUCCGUAUAGAUGCAAGUCAGGCAUGAACGAGAUAAAAGAAAGUUUAAGCAGCAGCAAUGAGUUACAGAAAUAUGGGCAUAUGGAAGAACCCCCAUUUUCCUCCCAACCUAUUACUAUCAGUAUUCCUUUACAUAAUGCAUUUUAAUGUUAACCCCUUUCCACUUAGGUGGGGAAGAAUUUUGAUAUUUUAAAUAAAGAAAUAUUAGAGCUCUGCCAUUAAGUUCAAGUCUUCCAGAAGAUUCGACACAGAAAGGAUUGAUGUCCUGUCUUGCUAUGCAAGUAUCAAAUAAUUAAACACAUCAACAGAAUUUAUCCCUAUUACCCUUUUUACUUUUUAAAGCUAAAGUAAGUCUUAACCUUUUGACAAUUGGAUAGUCCUGGGAAGGGGAGAUGUUGGUAUGGGGGAGAGGUAUUUUGUUAAAAUUUGCUGCUUCUGAGAAACCAGAUUAUCCUCUUUAUUUUGGGUGGAUUAACUCACCGUUGCAUAUAUCAAAUAGGUAACAGUGAACUUAAGUCAUACAUAUAUUCAGUCUCGGGGUGAGUAAAAAUCAUAAGAGUUCAUUUGAUUAAAAAGCAUAGCCUUUUUCCUGGUCAUAAGGAAAAGUGGGAAGUUGAUUUCCACCGUUGCUUUCACUUUCAAGUACAGCACCAUUUCCAGAUGAGGGCUAAGUUAGUUACUGUAAAGAGCUUGUGAUGUAGGGAAUUGUUUGUCAAGCCAUAGAAAGAAUAAAGUAAAUUUGAUUCUAAGUAAACAUUUAACCUCACACCAUUUUGAAAGAGGUACCCAAUUCAUUUGCACUAUUAUGAAUGCUAGCGUUGUGCAGAAAAAAAAAUGCCUUAUCUGUUUUGCUCCCCACACAUUUAGGUUAAUAAGCUUUCUAAUGUUCCAAGAUAUGCUGAACCAAAAACAAAACAAAAAAAGCGCUUUUUCCCAUCCCCCCCAAUUGCAGAAUGCUAUAAGGUAAGAUAAUUGCUGUAUGAACAAAAGUAUAAGUUUCAUGCCAUGCUUAGUGCUCAGCAGGAAAGGAGUCAUAAGUACAGCAGUGACAACUCAGACCCAUCCCUUGUGUUUUAUUGGUAUGGAACAUUUGCUAAUAUUUUUUUUUUUAAGCUUUACCUUUCCUUGUGCAGAUUGACCAAGAAAUCUGUUUGAUAAUAAUUGGUGUUUUACGUCAAAAUGUAGGCUAGUUAAACUUUUGUAAAGUUGCCUGGAAUGCCAUUUGUUAGGUUAUAAACACACAAAUCUAAAUGAAGGGUUAUACGUGUCAUGUGUACAAAUAUUAAUUAUUUUAAAAAUUUGAAAAAAAAUGUCAUUACAUUUGUAAAACCUUGUACAGAGGAUUUUUCACUAUGUGCCUAGCUUUGGUGUCCAUUCAGCUAAAAUAAAAAGGUGCAUGAAGAGAAACAGAUAGAAUCAGAAAUUAAAAAGUAUAUGUAGAGAUGAGAUGACUAUUUUAUAUUACAUGGCCCAAUCCUGUAUUUAUUUUCCCCCUUUUUUGAAGUAUUUAUAAAGACCUAGUUGAAGACAGCUGUAUUUUUUGUUAAAAUAUUUAGUAGAAUUGUGCCUUUUUGUCUGUAUGUGAAUAAAUGCUGUACAUUUUGCAAUACA